GUGGCGGAGGUACGCUUUAUUUGAUUGCAGUAAGUGUGAGGGGGCAUUUUUUUUUCUAUAUGUGUGUUCAGUAUCAACCACAAUGGACGGUUUGAAAGGAUGGAAAAAAGCACCAUCCCUCUUCUGCUAAAAUAAUUGUUCAUUUAGGCGGUUUGUGGCUUUUUCUUUUUCCAAAAGAAACUGAAAAUCAGAAAGGAAUUCUCUUGAAGGAAUAAGGAACAUUUAGUGACUGAAAAUUUCCCGAAACAAUGGAACUGAAACACAUGAAAAGACAAUGGAUGGAUAUAUGGACUUCUUUAUGUCUGACGCUGCUGAUCGUUGCGAAAUUUGAAGGAAUUUCAGCUCAGAUCCGAUAUUCUGUCCAGGAAGAAUUAAAAUCUGGGACUGCGGUUGGAAAUGUAGUCAAAGAUCUUGGGUUAGAUCCAGGAAAACUGGCGGAUAGAAACCUACGCGUCGUAUCAGGAACAAAGCAGGAUCUAUUUAGGGUAAAUCCGGGAGAUGGCGUUUUAUUAAUAAACCAGAGAGUAGACAGGGAAGAGCUUUGUGCAAAAAGUGUUCCAUGUGUAACAAAUCUUAAAGCUGUUGUUAAAAAUCCCCUCGAAAUGCGCCAGAUAAUAGUUGAAAUUAUCGAUAUAAAUGACAAUUCGCCAAAAUUUCCAGAGGAAAACUACACACUGGAGGUGUUGGAAUCUGCAAUUGUUGGUUCUCGAUUUCAGGUGGAAGGAGCACACGACUUGGACGUCGGGUUGAACUCCAUACAGUCAUAUAAAAUAAACAAUAAUCAGUAUUUUCAGCUGGAUACGGAGGACUUUGGCGAGGAAGGAAAGGUUCCUUUUUUAGUACUUCAACGCCCUUUGGAUAGAGAAAAAUAUCCUCAACACUGGAUGCUAUUAACAGCGACAGAUGGGGGUAAACCACCAAAAUCAGGUACUAUGAAUAUCACUAUUAUAGUAUCCGAUAUAAAUGAUAACUCACCCGUGUGUGAUAAACAAAAAUACACUGUAACAAUAAAAGAAAACGCCCCUGUCGGGACGUUCUUGUUAACAAUAAAUGCAUCUGACUCAGAUGAAGGUUUGAACGGUGUAAUUGAAUAUUCUUUGAGGAGUAAACAUCGAGGGCCCACCUCUGAGCUGUUCGAUUUGAACAGCAAAACUGGAAAAUUAACAGUGAAAGGACAACUGGAUUACGAGGAAAAGCAAAUGUACGAGCUUAAAGUCCUGGCAGCAGACAAAGGCUCUGUUUCUCUUUCCACGCAAUGCAACGUGGUUAUAAGAGUGGAAGACAUAAAUGAUAACCAGCCCGAAAUAGACGUCACUUCCCUUUCCAGUAGUAUUCGAGAGGAUGCUGCACCUGGAACCGUGGUGGCGUUAAUGGGCGUGGCGGAUCUCGACUCGGGUGUAAACGGACAGGUGGUCUGCAGCUUAUCAGGUGAUUCACCGUUUGAUCUAAAGCCAUCACCGGACGGACAGUCAUACUCUUUGAUUACCAAGGACUACUUGGAUAAGGAAAAUAGUAAUAUGUAUAACAUUAAAAUAACUGCGAGGGAUUUAGGAAGCCCUUCCCUGUCAUCUACUAAGCUGAUACAGGUAGAUGUGCUAGAUGUAAAUGAUAACAACCCUUUAUUUACUGAAAGUCCUUACACUUUUUAUGUGCUUGAAAAUAACAAAGCUGGAAUGUCAAUAUUUUCUGUAACAGCCACUGAUGCUGAUGCAGGUGAAAACGCAGCAGUGUUAUAUUUACUUGACCGCAAGAGCACAGGUUCCUCUAUAACCUCCUUUUUAAACAUAAAUGAAGCCAAUGGCACAAUAUCAGCUCUAAAAAGUCUCGACUUUGAAACUCUGAAAACUUUCCAGUUCCAAGUUGUCGCCUCAGAUUCUGGGUCUCCGUCACUGAGCAGCAACGUCACAGUGAACGUGUUCAUUCUGGAUCAGAACGACAACGCUCCAGUCAUCCUGUAUCCAGUCAGCUCCAAUGGUUCUGCUGAAGGUGUGGAGGAGAUUCCCCGCAAUGUGAACGCAGGACACUUGGUGACUAAAGUCAGAGCCUAUGACGCUGAUAUAGGAUAUAACGGCUGGUUGCUGUUUUCACUGCAGGAAGUUACUGACCACAGUCUCUUUGGUUUGGACCGCUACACAGGACAGAUCAGAACACUUCGCUCAUUCACAGAGACAGACGAGGCUGAGCAUAAACUGGUCAUACUGGUCAAAGACAAUGGCAACGUUUCCCUCUCAGCAACAGCUACUGUGAUUGUCAAACUGGUGGAGCCCAAAGAGGCUUUUGCAGCUUCUGAUGUUAAAAGUGCAGCAAAGGAUGAUGAGGAUAAUAAUGUGACUUUUUACCUGAUGAUCACUUUGGGCUCAGUUUCAGUUCUGUUUAUCAUCAGUAUCAUCGUGCUGAUUGCAAUGCAGUGCUCCAGAUCCACAGACUAUACUUCUAAAUAUCUCCCAGAGACUAAUUAUGAUGGGACACUGUGUCACAGCAUCCAGUACAGAUCUGGAGACAAACGGUACAUGUUAGUUGGACCCAGGAUGAGUAUAGGAUCUACUAUAGUACCUGGAAGUCAUGCAAACACACUGGUGCUACCUGACAGGAGGAGGACAUGUGAAGAGGUAAGGCGAUUUUUAAAUUUUUAUUAAUAUAUGGGAUUUAUCAAAGUUUUAACUGCUAAUCCACAGAGAGCACCUGAGCAGACUGUAAAGCUGUUAUUAGCAGUUUUGUAAUUGGAUAUUGCUCUAAUUUACUUUUUUUUUUGUCUUUUGCUUGCCUGCGCUUACGCUGUCCAUGGUGCUAGAAUGGUGUUGCAUUUCUUGCUAAAAAACUAACUUCGGUAUUAUUUUGUCUCGGCAAGCAACAUUUCAUUGUAUUUUCCUCAAGUAAAUAUCCACACAAGCGUAUAAGAAACAACAGCCUUGAUGGACUUCUGUUGGUAAAUAAGAUCAUAUCUUUUUCAGACGAAUAUGAAUGAAAAG